AUGGAAGAUUUAGCCAAAAGCGGAAUCUACAGCAAACAGUUCUCCCUCAGCCAAAGCAAGCACAGCAGCGAAAGGUUGCAGAGACUUGAAAAAAGACUAAGCGGGCUACACUUUAGCAUCGAAUUGCAGAAAAAUGAAAAGAUUGAGAAACUAAACGAGAAAAUCAACCUCCUGGAGGAGAAACUGAUAGAAAUGAACGAAAACUCAAAUAGGACCUUCGAAAAAUUAAAUGAAAAGCUGAACGACAUCAAAGUGGACGUUAAUAAUUACAAGACUGAAUUGGAAGAGUUCAAAAAUGACCACAAGAAAAAACUAGAAAUCCUUCAGAAGAAGGCUGAAGAAUUCAUAGACAAAGAAAAGGAAGAAUGGAACAAACUCAAAAUAAAAUUAAUAAAAGAUUUUCAAAAUAAGACUAGCUUACUGAAGGAAGAAAUGACCGAGGAGUAUGGAUUAUUGCAAGAAAAGGAAGAAUCACUCAGAAGAUUUUACGACAAUGAAAUUGCCAACAUCAAAUCGGUUGUCCAAAAUGAAAUAAACGAGAGAAUAAAAACAGAAAAGAUUAUCCUACGGGACGUAGAUGAUAAAGUCAACGAAAUUAUUAAAAUAAUUAAAAAUGAGAAAAUCACUAGGGAAAACUACUCGGAAAAUCUCGUGUCCCUCAUGGAGCAGUACUUUUCGCGAAUAAAAAAGGAAAUUGAUAAUGAACGACUCGAAAGGGAAGACACGGAAGAAACGCUGGUUCAUUUAAUGGAGGAAGCUCUGGAUAAAAUUGGAAUUCCAUUCGCAUGA